UACAGUGGAGGAAGGAAUCAAACUCCCAAGAUGGCGGCGGCGUCUGAGGAUCGGAUGGCUGAGGAGGGAGGCGGCGGCCACGGCGACGGCGGCCCCUGCUCGGCCGCCGGCUCCGCACAGCGACAGCCCCCGCCGCCCCCGUCGCAGGCCCCGCAGCCGGGGUCCCAGGCGCCCGGCGCGCCCGCGCUGGCUCCGGACCACCUGCCUCAAAACAACACACUGGUGGCGCUGCCCAUCGUAGCCAUCGAGAACAUACUCAGCUUCAUGUCCUACGACGAAAUUAGCCAGCUCCGCCUGGUUUGUAAAAGAAUGGACUUGGUCUGUCAGAGGAUGCUGAAUCAGGGGUUUCUGAAAGUGGAGAGGUACCAUAAUCUAUGUCAGAAGCAAGUUAAAGCACAACUGCCGAGGAGGGAGUCAGAAAGGAGGAACCAUUCUUUAGCUCGUCAUGCAGACAUACUUGCUGCUGUGGAAACAAGGCUGUCCCUGUUAAAUAUGACCUUCAUGAAGUAUGUGGAUUCCAACCUCUGUUGCUUCAUCCCAGGAAAGGUGAUUGAUGAGAUUUACCGUGUACUGAGAUACGUCAAUUCUACUAGAGCCCCUCAGCGAGCUCACGAAGUGCUGCAGGAAUUGCGGGAUAUUUCUUCCAUGGCAAUGGAGUACUUUGAUGAGAAGAUCGUUCCAAUUCUGAAGAGGAAAUUGCCAGGAUCAGAUGUGUCUGGAAGACUCAUGGGUUCUCCUCCAGUUCCUGGACCAUCCGCAGCCUUGACAACAAUGCAGCUCUUCUCCAAGCAAAACCCCUCAAGACAAGAGGUCACCAAACUGCAACAGCAGGUUAAAACCAACGGUGCUGGUGUGACUGUCCUCAGGCGUGAGAUUUCUGAGCUCCGCACCAAAGUGCAAGAACAGCAGAAACAGCUUCAAGACCAAGACCAGAAACUGCUAGAGCAGACCCAGAUCAUAGGUGAACAGAACGCACGGCUGGCAGAGCUGGAACGGAAGCUCCGAGAGGUCAUGGAAAGUGCAGUCGGAACGUCCUCAGGGUCUGGGCAGAGUGAGGAGUCUCCUCGGAAACGAAGGAAGGCAACAGAAGCCAUAGACUCUCUUAGGAAAUCCAAACGGCUCCGGAAUAGAAAGUAAAGUGGAAUGUGGCUCUGGCUCCAGAGGAAAACGUCCAUGGCUGGGAGUUUAAGCAGUUCCUCCUUUCUGGAUACUGGAGCAACAUGGUGUCCCUUAGGCUUCCGGGCGAUCAGACACAACUUACACUUGGCUCUUGUGGUUGGCAUCCCUCGCGCUUCUCUGGUGGAGCUGAUGCACAGAACUUUCUUACUUUGCAAUAGAUUUGUACUAACCAGGCCCGUUCUCUCAUGUUUGGGGGACUAACCUUUCUCCUGUGCAGGUGAUGUGUUAAGUUUAUUUGUUUCUGCAUAUAUGCACAUUACAUACGGAUUUUAACAAACCCAUUCUCAACAGACUAAAAGUUAAGUUUAAUACAUAAAAUGUCCUGUUCACUUGAAAGAAAAAAAUCUACUUUUUAAAUGGACACUAUCUUGUUUUUAAAAAAAAAGUUGACUUUUUGUUUGUUGUAAGUGACCUUUGUCUGGAAUGUCUGCGAAGUGGUUCAUACUUUGGUACUGAAGUGAUGAGUAAUGGGAAGGCCUGCAGGGUGCUGUCUGCAGAAGGGACUCUGCAGUGCCGGCUAUUUUUGUAAACUACUGGCAAGGGAUGUUUGCAGUCGUCACUACAUGCUUUCAGUUUUCUCUGAGGCCAUGUCCUACAUCUGCAUGGAUGGUUGCAUGCAUUGCCUCGUCAGCGCACUUCACAGCUCUUGCCCUGGUGGCGAUCUUGAACCUUUAUUCUCCACAGGUUAGAGCUGCGCCCUUAUUGAUCUAAGCGCUUAACAUCUUCCUUCUCAGCAGCUUGCCUGUAGGGGGAGAAUUGUCAGUCCAUUUGUCCUCCUGUUUUACAGGCACAAGAGACUGUUAAAGUCCAUUGAUGUAUCUCUUCCUUGUAGGGUUCAGGUCCACUGGUAAGAGAACCCCAAAUCCAAGGCUAUUUCUAUAGAAAUCAGACCUCUGGGAAGUAGUCAUGACCCUGACUCAUCGCUGUGCUCGUGGAUUAGCCAUGACUGAAUAGGGACCCAGCUGAAGGAAAGUUCAUUGAAGAAAAUUGUACCAUGAGACAAGCAGGUUGAUCAUUUCUUUUCUGGGGAUGGUCCGAGUGAAGCUUUUUACUCCCACUUUCAAGCUCUUGUUCUAACUUUGAGCAGAAGCUUUAGUCUUGUUUGCACUCCUGUUUUGAGCUUGUAACUGGAAAAGCGUGUCUUGCACUGUUCAACCUGAGUGGUCACUUUAACAACCUCCAAAUUGUAUAAAGUGCUUCUUUUCCCCGGUUGUAUAUUUUUGAAACAUUGAACUAUCACUGUCCUAUUUUUAUUUUAAUGUACUAAAUUAUGUAGUUUUUGUUCUUUUAAAGAUCUGUUGCUAUGGUCUUCAGUUAUUUAUAGUAAAUUUAGGUGUAAGAUAGUAAAAACUAUCCCUUCCAGGUGAAAGCUGACACCUGUGUAAAACUAAAAUUUUGGUAAGUCCCAUGGUGGUGGAAAACACAAGGUUGUCAUCCGUCCAACAUGGCAUGUUAUGAAUCCUUUAGGUUACUUUUACCAAGUGACAUUCUCCUGCCCUUUCUUAGUAUUGUCCCUUCAUGAUCCUGCCCUUGGCGUUUGUCCAAGUCUCUGUCUGACUUUGAAAGUCCAUCUACAAUGUAGUGUGUUUUCAGUGAGAAACCAUAACGUGGCAUCCAAGUGUUUCAUGGUUUGUUGGGAACGUAAUUUUAAAAUAAACAGUUUCCUAAAAAGAUUUGUCAGCCAAGGUCAUCCAUAAGGUCCCUGUCUGGAACCUGUUUUCUCAGCAGGUCUCACUUUUACAAUUCUAGGAUGUAGCCAUAUCACCAUAGCCUUGGAGGGGGCCUACUGAGCACUCAGAGCUUGACUUUACCAGUCUGCUGUUAUGGUAGAGGAAGCCUUUUUGAAGCAUCAGAGUACAGGUUUUCAAAGUGUAAUAAUCCUUAUACAUCAAAGAAAUAAGCCUGAAACUAUUUAAUAAUUAUUAAAAUUUUCUCCAUUUUUUUUUUCAAACUACAUGUAACAAGCCUGAGUGUAGUCUCCAGUCUUCCAUAAGCUGGUGCAAGCACAUGGCUUUCAUAGUGAACCCUUUCUCGGUGAGUGGGGACAUGUCUACAGCAUGGACCUGUGACCUCCAGCCCAUCAGAUUGACUUGCACAUGUUUCAUGAGUGUCUGUAACUGAGAAUAAGCACUGUGGCUCACUUGUCUUAAGCUUUCCUCGGAGCAGCUGAAACAUUAGGAAACUGUCUUCACCAUUUAUCAAGACAGUUACUAGGGAGCUGUAACGCUCGCUUUGAGAUAGCAUAGUGGCAGUUAUAAUUCUCCAAAUCAUACAUUAUUUUAAUAGCUAAACUGACUCAACCAUGGGAAAGCUUAACUAGACUCCUAAGAGAGCGACCUCUUGCAUUUCCUGGCAAAACCUUAUGUGUUGUAGCUGGUUUAUAGCACCCAGAUUCCUCUGUUUGGGUCAUUCCCAUGCGUAAGUUUACUUGUGGUACACACUACACACAAGCAUACAAACAUGAAGAGAUGUGGAUGGGCGGUGAAGAGGACUGGCCCCUGUCCCGCAGAGCCCUGUUCACCUCCCACACACACUUUUGCUCACCUGGUUUCCACCCAUCUUGGGUUACAGAAGCUCUUCAAACUUCCCUUCUGCUGUAGAGAGCCUGGAGGUGAUGGGGUAAUUAACAGUGAUCCUGCUGUUGUGAAGACUGUUGGGGUGCCCCAGGUCUAAAGCCACAGGUUUGCAAUCACCUUUUUUGUAAAACAUGGUCUUUUGGAGUACUGAACUCACAGGGGCUUGCCUUAAUUCCGUAGUUUCAAGAUGUAUGCGCUAAUAUUCUAUGUGUUAAGAUGGUAAAAUAUUCUAUGUAGCCCCAAGAGUGGGUAAAACAGAGUUUAAUGCCUAAAUAAAUAAGCUAAAAGGUGUCACUACAGCUGGAUUUUUUUAGAGAAAAAAUGGACAUAUUAAAAAAGAUAGGCUAUGCGUCAUGAACAAAAAUCGAGGGCACCUUGGGAUUGCACUAUUUCAUGCACUAUUUUAUAUGCCAUUUCAUAGCCUGCACUUUAACCUCCAAAGAAAUGCUGUGUGGUACCUGUUCCUUGUUAGUGAGCUCAUUCCCAAAAUGGCACGCACUUCUUUUUCUCUAUGCUGAGUUAGUCCCCUGGAGCUGGCUUUCGUAUUUGAGUUCUCUGCUUCCUUAGCCAUAUUUUCUAGGAUCCGAGAACUCCCGUCUCGUCUAUUUCCAAUCUAUUUCCAACAGCAUGGAAUUCAUCUGAUGUAAAUCUCAUCCUUAGUGAUCCACACACAGUCAUAGACCCUCUUCUAGUGAUGAGUACCUGUUUGUUACAUGUACCAAACCCUCAGAAAGUAGACACUGUAAGAGUUGAAAGCGGGAAUAAAGGCCUGAAAGGGAACACACAAAAUAACAUCGCUGUUUGAAAAUGGUUGGGUCUCUACAGGAAGCUGAAUUUACUGCUUAAUGCUUUGGAUUGGGAUCUGCAUGAGUUCCUUUAGGGCAGACAAGGUUCAGUUCAAACUACUUAAAUGUAGAGCCUACCAUCUGCAGAAAAUAAGAAUUUUCAGCAAACACUGAGUCUACAAAAACCGCUGCUGGUGGGGUGUGGCCACCAAUUGCUCUCCCUUUGAGCAGCAGUAAAUCACACAGGUAAGAACUAGGGCAGGCUUGAGUGAUGCUGGCCUUUCCAGUUUCCUAAGAAUCGUGGUUAAGUUUCUGAUGCUCUAGCAUUGAGUUCACCUCUUCCCCAUUGUCUGAAGGUAGCCACACGCUUUAGAAGCCUAGGAAUCCGAUCAGGCUAGUGCCAAAGUCCAGUGGUUCGUACUGCCAAAAGGUUAGACGUGUUUAAAAUUCCUCUUUGUGGUACCGUAUGUUUGUUUACCUUAUGCUCAUGAGCAACAAUAAACCACUAGUUGACCUUCUGGAAUUUUUGUUGUUAUGACCUACUCAAUUAUUGGAGGCACCUCCCAGUCACACAAAGGGCACGGAAAUAAAUGCAUUGUCACCAGG